AUGACCUACUGCGUUGGCUUGACCCUGAACAAGGGGCUGGUCUUCAUGUCCGACACGCGCACCAAUGCGGGCGUCGACAACAUCUCCGUCUUCAAGAAGAUGUUCAACUGGCAGACGAAGGGCGACCGCGCCAUCGUGAUGAUGACCGCCGGCAAUCUCGCCACCACCCAGGCUGUCGUCAGCCUGCUGGACGAACGCUCCAAGGCGCCCGGCGACCGGCAGCCCACCAUCCUUGAAGCGCCGUCCAUGUUCCAGGUGGCGCGGAUGGUCGCCGAUACCUUGCGCGAAGUGGUGCAGAGCCAUGCGCCUGCCGGCCAGAGCGCCGAUGCGGCCUUCAACGCGACCAUCAUACUGGGCGGCCAGAUCAAGGGAUCCGACCCUCGCCUGUUCCUGAUCUAUCCGGAAGGCAAUUUCGUCGAGGCGAGCGGCGACACGCCCUUCUUCCAGAUCGGCGAGACCAAGUACGGCAAGCCGAUCCUGGUGCGCGCCUACGAUCCGGACAUGAGCUUCGAGGAUGCGGUCAAGCUGCUGCUGGUCUCGUUCGAUUCCACCAUCAAGGCGAACCUGUCGGUCGGCCUGCCGCUCGACUUCCAGAUCUAUGAGCGCGACGGUUUCGAACUGGGCGCCUGGGGGCGCAUCGAACAGGGCGAUGCCUAUUACGCGACGAUCUCCGAGGGCUGGAGCGAGGCGCUGCGCAGCGCCUUCCAUUCGUUGCCGAACUUUUCGUUCGACGGUCGCUGA